GAUUUUAAUUGGUGGAUGGUGUUACAAUUUCAGCCAAUUGCUGACUAUAUCAUUGGACAGUCAGGAACAUUACUGCAUUAGCAUAAAGAAUAUCCUUGAGGAAGAAACGCUGUGGCAUCAGCAUCAUGGGUGUGUUAUCUACGCUGUUCAGGGGUCUGGUAAGAGGAGCAGACAGGAUGUCCGAGUUCACCAGCAAGCGUGGAUCAAGAACUCAUAAUAAAGGCAGGGGUGCAAGGCCCACUGGAAUAAAGCUCCCCAGCAAAAAGUUUGUGUCCAUAAAGGCCAUGAUUCCUGAGUUUGUGGUGCCUAACUUGGAGGGAUUCAAACUCAAACCCUACGUCUCCUAUCGUUCUCCCAGAGGAACAGAGCCCCCACUCACGGCACAGAGGCUGUUCACUGAGGUUGUGGCCCCUCAGAUCAAGAAAGACUUUGAAGAGGGCACUUUCAGCAAAGAACAUCUGGAGAAAUAUGGAUUUGAGCCCACACAGGAGGGGAAGCUUUUUAAACUGUAUCCCAAGAACUAUGUGCGUUAAAGAUGCACUCUCAGUGAAAUGUAUCUACAAGGAAAGGCCUAGACAGCUUGUGUGUUUACAAGGAUAGACUGCCCAGAUGACUUAUUUUUACAAAUGAUAUGGCACUUCCACAAUCGUAACACAAUGGACUGUAUUUUAUGCUUAGAAAAAUUAAUAUUCUACAAGUGGUUUGGAAUUACUUGAUGUUCAAACCCAAUAAGAGGGGAUAUGAUCUAUACCACAGAAAUGUCCAUUUAUUAUUGUAAAUACCAGUUAAACAGAUUGAGCUGAUCAUUUACACAUCACAGCUGUAGUCUACUAAACCAAGGGUUCUGUUUGUCAAAGAUAAGAUCUCACAUGUGGGCUCAAACAAUAAAUUAUAAAACUACAAAA